CAGAAUUAAUUCACCCGAUCGUUUUCGUUUUCUUCUUCUUCAAACCAUGAUGAUCACCACAUAAACAACCAAGCAUGGUUGUCUGCUUGAGUCGCAUGCCUACCUCCGCCAGUGUUCGAUCUAUCAAUUACAUUUCAGCUCAAGUCUUCUCAAGGAAGGCUAAAGCUGCCAAGAAAAACACAAGAAUCGACGGUGCCCCGCCUACGAGGAAGAAGCUAAUCAAACCCUAUAAAGCUCUUUCUUUAUGUGAAACAUUAGGUAGCCAUGGGAUUCCUGAUCCCUACAUAUCCGAGACAAAUUGUGCACCAUGCUUACAACAUUGGGAGGCAGACAUCUGCCCUAAUCCUAAUCCUAAGCCUCAUAUUUUUGUCAAUUAUCAUGAUAAUGAACAAUAUUUUGCUGCACAUUCCCUUGCUGAGGAUGGCACCAUCUCACCAAAUAUCACAUAUAUCCUCCAUCUUUUCUAGCUAAAAAAUAUUACUCCUUCAGUGGAGCUAGUUGUAAUGGUCUACUUCAUUUGUGUGGUAUUGAGUCAAGUGAUCAUGCUCUUUGGAACCCAA